AUGGCGGCUACCGCCCUUCAUACAGCUGCCUCCGUGGCGUCUCCGUGCCUAACUUACAAGGCGGGGUCCACGUCACAAGCAGCGCGAUCAGCGGUACCAGCUCUCCCUCUCAGGAGCCUGUCUUCCCUCUCCCAGUCCUCCGCCUUCCGCCAAGCCUGCGCGCGAGUCUCGGCCUCCCGAGCCAGCAGCCUCGGCGCGAGUCGCAGGGGAGGCAUGACGGUGCGCGCCAUGUCGUCUGAUGGCGGGUCCGGCGGCGGCGAAGGCGGAGUGGACAUCUGGGUUGGGCGGCUGGCGAUGAUGGGCUUCGUGGGGGCUCUGGUGAUGGAGGUGGCCACUGGCAAGGGGCUGCUCGAGUUGAUUGGAGUGCCCACGCCGCUGCCUGCCCUGGCGCUCGUGAUUGUGGCUGCAACGGGUGCAUUGACUGCCUUCGGUGUCUUCCGCUCCUCCCAAGACUAG